AUGGUUUUUAGAGUGAGUGGAUUACUAUUUGAUAUAGUAAAGACACAGUAUCCUUGGAUAGAAGUCAUAGCAGAAGACGAGAAUGGUUAUUACCACUCGCAAUACCCUUUGCAAGAAUACCAUUACACUCAACUAAUAUUAUCAAGGAGAGCUGGAAUUCCUUUCCUUAAUGGAUGUCAAGAAAUGCCAUGGGUGAAGAAACUUACAAUAUAUCUAAACGUUGUGCCAGAACAGAGUUUAAAUGAAAUUAAAUAUUUAUCUGGGUUGGAAGAUCUUGGAAUUGAUGCUGUAGAUAUGGAUGACUUAGAGGUACUAUGUAAAAUCGGACUUAGAGAUAUACCUAUCAAAAAAUUAAGGAUUCUGGUUCCAGAAUUGAUUGACGUGAAAGGACUCCAAAAAAUAACUAAGAUGUUUGAUUUGGAAAAGAUCACCGCAUUUCAGUUACAUUUAUGGAAGGUAGAUACAUAUCCAGAAAACUUCAGCCUGGGUAUACAGAAGUUGCUUUCUGCCUUGGUAAAUGUCACCAGUCUUUCGAUAAUAUGCCAAAACAUUGAUUUUGGGAAAGUUCUUGAACUGGUGAAACCGAAUUCAUUACAUACAUUGCAUUUAAAGAUUGUUCAGGUUGGCAAUGAUAUACAUACCUUCCAAUUAGAAAACAUUUUGAACUAUCAAGAACAUUCAUUACAGCAGUUCUACUUGAGUAAUAAGAAACCGCAAGGUGGAGGAAGAUUUUAUGGUCUACAAGAGUUUGAAAGAAUUUACAAAAAAGAGACCAACCCCCUCAUACCCAACCAACAACCUGUUGGGAUUUUUGAAAUCAGAAGGAUGAUAGAUGCUGGAAAGUUCCAGAAGUUGAAUCGGGUGUUGAUUAAUGAGAGCUGCUAUUUUAUUAAAAGACUUUCAAAUGGUAUGAUUCAUCUUGUUCCAUGUAAUUCUCUUAUUCCUGAUAAUCCUUAA